UGCCACUUCAACUUCCACCUGUUGCGACCUUUGAUCGAGUGUAUCCAAUUGAAAAACAAGAGCAAUGGAGCAAGACCUGUCGUACUCGUACUCGUCCAAGCCGCGACCCGUGCAGACGAAUCGCGGCAAAACGCGCGAUGGCGGCAGCAAACCUGCCCCGACAAACAUCAUGCACGAUCCGAGGAUCCCGCGCGGCAGUGUCUUCGCUCCAGUAAGUGCUGUGUCAAAUAAACAUUUUGACAAAGCCACUUAUUGCAUUGCGUAGGUUAACUCGUCGAGAUCAAAUGAAGUGCGAGAGAAGGUGAAAAGACGGAGAAGCACAGUGAUCAAAAAGAGGAGCAACAACAACAAUAAGAGUCAUCCGAGCGUCUUCGAGACACAGGCUGGGCCGUCAAACAGAUUUUCUUCGAUCUCGCUGGACGCGAACCUGAUUGAACAAACGCAGCCGACACCAGAUCGCGAGUCCUUCAGCCAGACAGACGAGUUCCUACCUCGGACGCAGAAUGCACGCAAUGCAACAACGAACGACGUGUUCAUGCGACCGAAGAUCGGCAUCGACACAUCCACACAAGCAAGUUCUUUUGCUGUAUGGAAAUGUUUGUGUCGCUAAUGUUUUUGUGUGCCUUGAACAGAUUGAAGAUUCCGAUGGAUUGUUCGACUUCGAUGUCGAGGUCAAGCCGCUGUUGAAUGUACUGGUGAACAAGUCGCUCGCGCAGGCGCUGCUGGAAGUGAAGGAAGAGCAGGAGAUGCAGCUGUUACACUGUCAGCAUGAAGUACUGAAGGCCGAAAAGAAUGACGCUAGGCAGGCAGAACGUGAGUUGGAGGAUAAGGCUAAAGAAGCAAACCGUCAAAAAGAGCUGGUCAAGAAAAAGAAAGCAGAACAGCAGAGACACGACCAGAUUAUGCGCAAGAAAUUGUUCGCGUGGCAAUUUGCGCGUCCACUGGUAUCCCAGACGAUCGAUCAGGCUACUGCUACACUUCAGAAGAAGGGUGUGUUUUACGACCCCAUUCUUCGCAGUCUUUCUAUUUGGCUGGCAAGGGAUGUUUACGAAGGCACCGACGAUACCAUUCGUUUGCGUGCUCUCUCUACGGAAUUGUUAAAUGACCUUAUUUUUCAUGGACUUCGUCGACAAGCAUUAUUUGCGCAAUUACUUCCAAACGAAAGUGAAGCUAUGGUUCGUCUUCUGCUUCGGGAUCCUCUAGUUUUGCCUCUCCCGGAAGAUGCAUCAGCAGGGACCGAGCCCCUGUCUGUAACUGAAAUCGGGCCAAUCGCGCUCUCACGUGCCGAUAGUUUGGAAGCCAUAGAAAGCAGAAUUGAGGCGUGGAUACUUGAGAAUGUAGGAAGCCAAGUGAACAUUCCCAAAGGAGGCUUUCUCUCCUUAUUGCAGCUCGCGAAAAUAACCUAACAAACAAGGAUGAAGGGUUCAAAUGUUCAGUCUCUUUUACGAAGUUGUGGUAUGGUACACGAUGG